AUGCUUACAUUCAACAUAUCAGAAGCAGAACGAAACCAAGCGUUGAAUUUCAAUUUUGAAGAUGGCGCGUCAACGGGAGAUGCACGGACAUCGCAGCGUAAGCCACUCUCGCUGAGGGAAUCAGCUUGUCCGGUUGAUGAUAUGGAACACGAAGAUACACCUUCGCCGUUCCAGGCGGACAUCACCGUCAUACAAAAUCAUCUAUCGCAAUCCAAUCAAGGGUUGCCGUGA